CAAACAAAUACCAUAUCUUAACCGGUUCCUUAAUACUCGCGGCCAAGUCUUUCCUUAAUCAAGUUUGGCGGUGCAGUUACAAACCUUUAUAAACACAGACCUCAGCAGCCCACUUUCAAUAUUCAAGAUUCGUACGAUCUCCGUCUCCGUGCCUCUUCGAGUAAAGUUUUUCUUGAGAAAAUCUCUAGAUUCUGUUAUCACAAGAUGACAAUGCAAAUAUUCGUUAAAACCUUGACUGGAAAGACCAUCACUCUCGAGGUUGAGAGUUCUGAUACUGUUGAUAAUGUUAAAGCCAAGAUUCAAGACAAGGAGGGGAUACCUCCAGAUCAGCAGAGACUGAUCUUCGCUGGUAAGCAGCUUGAAGAUGGAAGAACCCUUGCUGACUACAACAUCCAGAAGGAAUCUACACUGCAUCUCGUUCUACGUCUCCGUGGUGGUAUGCAGAUCUUCGUGAAAACUUUAACUGGCAAGACAAUCACUCUCGAGGUUGAGAGCUCUGACACCAUCGACAAUGUGAAGGCAAAAAUUCAAGACAAGGAGGGAAUUGCUCCAGACCAACAGCGUUUGAUUUUUGCUGGAAAACAACUUGAAGAUGGCAGGACAUUGGCUGAUUACAACAUUCAGAAAGAAUCCACCUUGCACUUGGUUCUUCGACUAAGAGGUGGAAUGCAGAUUUUUGUCAAAACAUUAACAGGGAAAACUAUUACACUUGAGGUUGAGAGCUCUGACACCAUCGACAAUGUGAAGGCCAAGAUCCAAGACAAGGAGGGAAUUCCUCCAGAUCAGCAGAGAUUAAUUUUUGCUGGGAAACAGCUUGAGGAUGGUCGAACACUAGCUGAUUACAAUAUCCAAAAGGAAUCCACCCUGCACCUGGUUCUUCGUCUGAGGGGAGGGAUGCAAAUCUUUGUCAAGACUCUUACAGGCAAAACUAUCACCCUUGAGGUUGAGAGCUCUGACACCAUCGACAAUGUGAAGGCCAAGAUCCAAGACAAGGAGGGAAUUCCUCCAGACCAGCAGAGAUUAAUUUUUGCUGGGAAACAGCUUGAAGAUGGUCGAACACUCGCUGAUUACAAUAUUCAGAAGGAGUCAACACUUCACUUGGUUCUUCGUCUACGCGGUGGUAUGCAGAUUUUCGUGAAGACACUUACUGGAAAGACAAUUACAUUGGAGGUAGAGAGUUCUGAUACAAUCGAUAACGUGAAAGCUAAGAUCCAAGACAAGGAGGGGAUUCCUCCAGACCAGCAAAGGUUAAUCUUUGCAGGCAAGCAGUUGGAAGACGGGAGAACCUUAGCUGAUUACAAUAUCCAAAAGGAGUCCACCCUGCACUUGGUUCUCCGUCUACGUGGUGGUAUGCAGAUCUUUGUCAAGACUCUUACUGGGAAGACAAUUACAUUGGAGGUUGAGAGUUCCGACACCAUUGAUAAUGUCAAGGCAAAGAUCCAAGACAAGGAGGGGAUUCCUCCUGAUCAACAGAGAUUGAUUUUUGCUGGGAAGCAACUGGAAGAUGGGCGAACCCUUGCUGAUUACAAUAUCCAGAAGGAAUCCACCCUGCACUUGGUUCUUCGACUGAGGGGAGGAAUGCAGAUCUUUGUCAAGACUCUUACUGGCAAAACUAUCACACUUGAGGUCGAGAGUUCUGACACCAUCGAUAAUGUGAAGGCAAAGAUUCAAGACAAGGAGGGGAUUCCUCCAGAUCAACAGAGAUUGAUUUUUGCUGGGAAGCAACUGGAAGAUGGGCGAACCCUUGCUGAUUACAAUAUCCAGAAGGAAUCCACCCUACACUUGGUUCUCCGUCUGAGGGGAGGAAUGCAGAUCUUUGUCUAGACUCUUACUGGCAAAACUAUCACCCUAGAGGUCGAGAGUUCUGACACCAUUGAUAAUGUGAAGGCUAAAAUCCAAGACAAGGAGGGGAUUCCUCCAGACCAGCAAAGGUUGAUCUUUGCAGGGAAGCAGUUAGAAGAUGGAAGGACUCUUGCAGAUUACAACAUUCAGAAGGAGUCCACUCUUCAUCUUGUCCUUCGUCUCCGCGGUGGCGAUAAUUGAAAUGUCCCUUUGUGUCUGUCUGAUGGCUUGCCAAACCAUGAUACUCUUUCUUUUAGAUUGUUCUGUUUUUAAACAUGGUGGUGACUAGUAGUAUCGAUUUUUUAUGAUUCUGUUUAGGCUCUAUUAUGUUCUGCCUUACGGUACCUCGGGCCAUCUUGGUAUUUUGGUAUUCUGCUAGUGAUGUCUAUUUUAGAUCUUUUAUAUUAAAUUUGAAGUUGUGUUAGAAG